AUGGCGGCCGACGUUUUGGCACCCGGAUUCUGGGAAGUGGGCAGCUACAAACACAAUGUUAAGCGAUUCAAGGAUGGUGUCGAGCAACUUGACGAUUAUUGCAAGAUGAGCCGAGAAAGAGCCGAGAUAGAGGCAAAGUACAGCAAAAUGCUCUCCCAACAUGCUGAUAAGUGGAGGGCUCAUGUUGAUCGGACAGUGUCUGCGGGGUCUGUGAAAACUGUAUGGCAUGAGCUUAUUGGAGAAGCCGCUGCACUGUCUAGAGUUCAUAACAAUCUCAAAGAUUGCUUGAUUGAUGACAUUGUCAAUGAAACAAGCACCUAUAGAAAAAACAGUUUGCACACCUCAGUGUUUAAGGGUCCGAAGGAAAUCCGGGAGAUUGAAGAUCACUUUGAAAAGGCGCAAAAGCCAUGGAAAAAGUUGUUCGAUAAGAUGGAGGAUAAACGGAGCAAGUAUUAUAACGUCUGUCGUCAAGAGAAAUCGGCGUUGGUGAACCUGCAGAACAGUCAGACAGACACAUCUGUGUCGCAAGACGCUGCCACCAAGUUCCGAGAACGUCAUGAGAAGUUGAAAGAGGAAGUGCAGAGAACGAAAGUGGACUAUCAGAAGACGUUGACAAACUUGAACGAGUACAAAAAUGUCUACAUGGAAGCAAUGGCACACGUAUUCAAAAUGUGUCAGGAGAAGGAAAUGGAUAGAUCACAAUUCUUGAUUGGAGUUGUUCAAAAGACACAGAAACAUUAUGCGGACUUGAUUAGAACUAGCCAAAUGUCCGGAUUGCACCAACAACUUGAGCAAUCCAUCAGAUCUGCUGAUUCAGAAGCUAUCAAGAGAGACUUGGCACAAUGGUCGAGUGUCAAUGGAGUUGAUGCUUCAUCCGAUUGGCCUAACUUUGUGGAAUACUCACCAGAAAUCAGAAACAUUGCUGCUCGUGGAGGUUCUACUAAAGAAGCAACUGGAGGAGUUAUUCUUACAAGACAAAUUAAUCGAAGUGAAGAUAUCCCAUCAACCCACUCCAAUACACUACCAUCAGUUGCUGUGAGCACUGCUUCCGGUCAUGAUGACGUUGGGAAGAGUAGUCCAAAGAGCAGCAGUGAUUCUGAUACCAGUACAUUUGACAGUCGGAAGCACAACUCUACAACUAACAAGUAUAAGAGCCAGCCACAAACUCAUACUCAAACCUUACCACCUGCAUGGCACCCAUCAGAAGGACCAGACUCGCCGCCACUCUCCGCUGACACUCCAGAUUCUGCAAAAUACGCAGAUUUCGAGGAGUUCACAACUAGUAAGCCGGCAGUGGUUUUGUAUGACUACGCACCGGCAGAAGGGGAUGAGAUUGCGUUAAGGAAAGGAGAGACGAUAGAAGUUCUUACUGAGCCUGAUUCCUUGGGAUGGUGUACAGGAAGAGUGAAUGGAAAGGUCGGUCUGUUCCCUGCUAGCUAUGUUCAAUGUCCCGGAGAAAAAGCUUGA